UCGCUCUGUGCGCAUGCGCCAUGCGCACCGCCGGUUGCCGCCGGAGCGGGGCAGCGGCCGCCGUGUGAGAUCCGGGCCGGGCCGGGCCGGGCCGGGCCGGGCCGCGCCGCGCCGCGCCGCGCCGGGAGCCGCCGCCAUGGUGUUCUACUUCACCUCCAGCGUGGUUCCUUCCGUUUACACCAUUUACAUGGGAAAAGAUAAGUACGAAAAUGAAGACCUAAUAAAGUAUGGCUGGCCUGAAGAUAUCUGGUUUCAUGUGGAUAAACUCUCUUCUGCACAUGUGUACCUUCGGUUACACAAGGGGCAGACGGUGGAUGACAUUCCUAAAGAAGUUUUGAUAGACUGUGCCCAUCUUGUCAAGGCGAAUAGCAUCCAAGGUUGCAAGAUGAACAACGUCAAUGUGGUGUACACACCGUGGACUAAUCUGAAGAAGACAGCAGACAUGGAUGUGGGGCAGAUUGGCUUCCACAGGCAGAAAGAUGUGAAAAUGCUGACAGUGGAGAAGAAGGUGAAUGAGAUCCUGAACCGGCUAGAGAAGACAAAAGUGGAACGCUUCCCAGACCUGGCUGCUGAGAAGGAAGCCCGCGACAGAGAGGAGAGAAAUGAGAAAAAAGCCCAGAUCCAAGAGAUGAAGCGUAAGGAAAAGGAAGAGAUGAAGAAGAAGAAAGAGCUGGAAGAACUUAGGAGCUACUCAUCGUUAAUGAAGGCUGAGAACAUGUCCUCUAAUCAGGAUGGCAACGAUUCAGAUGACUUUAUGUAAAUAAAGUCUCUCUCCUUUCUCAAUCUUGAGGUGGUUUGGGAUGUCUUAAUAUGUCAUCAUCGCUAGGAAUGCCAAAAAAAAACCCCAAAGUGAACUCUUGACUCCAUUUCUUCAGAACCUGGUUGGUUCUCCUGGCAGCCUAACCAGCCCUGUGCCAUGGACACCUUCGAAAAGGAGAUCGAUAUGUCUUCAUGUACAUCUCUCUUUCAGGGACACAGGUGGAAGGAAGUGGAAUUGACUUUCAGUUCUACAAAGACAAUGGUAUUUAUUCUAGGGAAGGGGUUGUGUAGCUUUUAAUCCAGUGAGAUUUAAAGAAAAGGAAACAAAUCCAUGUUGUCUCACCACUGUCCUGGCCGCGGGGUGGCUCCGAAACGGUUGCCAUUAGUUCGGUGUCACUGGUAUGUACAUGAAUGCAGCGCUGCCGACUAACUCUCCUCUUCACACUGGUGGUGGUCAGCAAAGCAGGAUCCCUCUGCACUUGGGGGUGUAAAUUUGGAUGAGGUGAUGUCUGCUUUGCAAACCCCCCCAGCCCCUGGAGGGAGCUCCUCGUUAAAUACAGAGUUCCAGAUGAUGCUGACUGAGCUUGGCUGGUGUUGCAGCCGACGUGCAUGACCAUGGGCUGCGAUAUGCACCUUUAGCACAGAAUGAGAAUAGCCCCACAAUGUGUUUUCUUUUAAAUUACACUUGAUUCCGGGGCUGUUCUUUGGAAAUCUUCUCUGGGGAAUGAAAUUGGUGAAGAAGAGUUGAGUUUUGCGCAGUGUCUAUGCCUGUCCAGGCCAGAGCUCUUUGCCUGAGUGCUCUGGGAGGUUUCAUGGCCCAGCCUGUGUGAAACGGUCGCAAUAAUCCUCACAGCACCUGUAUAUAUGUCACAAUUAAAUUCAUACCAUGCUGGUAAAA